UGACGUCAUCACGGCGGGCACGACGCACGCGAAGUAGCAAGGCGUCGGCCACUGCGCGUUCCUGCGAGUGCGCUCUGGAUCCUUCGUCGUCUCCUGGCGGCCUUGAGGUCGCCACCCUGGCCGCUCUGGCCCGUCUGGCGUUGGGUGGGCGGCAUAGCUGCGCCCACAUGAACCAGCGGCAUUACGGCCGCAAUGGUCGCGGUCGGAGCCGAGACUUCUCUGGCCGUGCCCCACCGAGGAAGAAGGGCAGAAACCACGUCCCGGAAAGGUGGAGAGAUUAUCUCCCUGUUGGACAGCGGAUGCCUGGGACCCGUUUCAUUGCUUUCAAAGUUCCCUUGCAAAAGAAAUUUGAAGCAGAGCUUAUGCCAGAAGAGUACUUUUCUCCUUUGGAUCUUUUUAAUAAAAUUCAAGAACAAAAUGAAGAACUUGGAUUGAUAAUUGAUUUAACAUAUACUCAUCGCUAUUAUAAAGCAGAGGAUUUGCCAGAAACUAUUUCUUACAUAAAAAUUCUUACAGUUGGCCAUCAGGUACCUGAUAAUGGCACUAUUCUUAAGUUCAAGUGUGCAGUUAAAGAGUUUUUAAAGAAAAACAAAGACAAUGACAAACUUAUUGGUGUCCACUGUACCCAUGGCUUAAACAGGACUGGCUACCUCAUUUGCAGAUAUUUGAUUGAUGUAGAAGGCAUGAGGCCAGAUGAUGCAAUUGAAUUAUUCAACAGCUGCCGGGGGCACUGCAUAGAAAGACAGAACUACAUUGAAAACCUGCAGAAUCGUCGUGUCAAAAAGAAGCGGAAUACUAGCACAUCUAAGUCAGGUGAUCUUGAAAACUCAGCACAUCUUACCGAAGAAGUCCACAGCACUAAGAAGCCUGUGAACCAAGGACCUCGGUACCAUUGGCCUGCUGGUUGUUCAACACCUUCCCGACAUUUUCACACCCAGUCCCAGUACUCCCAGCAAUUGUUCAGAAAACACAACCAGAGUGUUUACCAGAGAGGCCUUAUCCCUCUUCCUGGUCCGGCUGAAGAGUACUAUUUACAGAGAAGAUUCUUCUGGAACGGGAAGCCAAAUGGUAGUCAAGCAACCCAGAAUAAGAAGUGGAUUUCCGGUAGUUACCAGAGGCAGUUCUACCCAGCCUACUGGGGUUGGACCCAGUGAGGCACACGUGGAUGGGCUGUUACAGGGGCCACCUGAAAUCAGAGCUGGACAGAGGACAGCUGGAUUACUUUUAAUAAAAUCAGGUCUAGGCAAUUAAAAAAUUUUUAACAUUUUUUUAACUUUUUAAAAUGUUUUAUUAUUCCUUUGUGUGUAUAAAGUUUAAAGAUUUCAUUACUGAUGGCCGCACAGUGAGAUGACAGCCAUCCAGAACACUUCUCAUUCCAGGCUCAGCUUUCCUCAAAGGUUUCUGAAUGGGUAAACUGUUAUUAACUUGCAAAUGUUUUAAUUGCUUUUCAUUUUCCCUGUCUAUUUCCUCUGUCCAUGCCUGUAACUGUGUGUAGGUACAAAGGUUCAUAGUGUCUUACCAUGUUCUGUUACCAACAGUCUCCAGGGGUGUCUUUUUACCCUAACUGUUCAAAUUUCCUACUAAACAUCUAGCCAGUAGACAAUUUAUUUGGCACCUACUCUCUUUUUACUUGUGGGACUCUUCAGCGUUCUUUCCUUGGUGAUCAGGGUCAGAAUUUAACCAACUUCUUACUGAACUGCCAGGUUAACCACCUAACCCAGAGAAGUGUAAAUUUUUAGGGACUGAUUGUUAAGUUGGACAAGAGGAAACUAACCAAUAACCAGAAUGCUGCUUAAAUUAUAAUUUAUCUGGCAGAGUCACUACUACCAAUAGGGUAGAACUAUUCAGAAAGCUUGAAAACCUCUGUAGAUUUUAAAGGUCGAACAGACUAGGACUGAGCAUCCAUCCUUGGUUAUCCUGGAAGACAGGGUGGUGUUGACCCUGCGGCCCUCUGUUCAGGAUUUGUCCAGAGGCCUCCCACACUGCAAUGGUGCUCUUCCUCUGGAACACACUUCAAGCUACUUGGAGGUGCUAAUUACUUCGUGCUCAUCGUGACACAUCAUAGUCCACAGCAAGCGUUUGAUGAAUGCCUGGGCAAUUAAUUUGGCUUCUGUCUUUAAAGUCUCUGAUUUUGAGGAUUUGUAACACUGAUGCCACAUACGGUAGCUAUUUUCUCCAUCGUGUGUACAUGUGGAGUGUGACCCUGAGGAAGCUUCAGCAGCUCUUCUAGUCUGGCCUAGUGGGACUAAUUUGCUCUGUGAGGUCGCUCCACGCUCAAGUGAUGGCUCUUAAAGUUUUUCUCUACUUACCACAUUUAACAGAGGUUCAGAGUGCUUCUUGCUACAAGGCUCCCCCUGCAGAAUUAUUCCCCAGAAUAUAUCUGAAGGUUCAGCAUUGUAAGAGACUGGAUCAGGCAGUUGUGAAGUAAGAGGACAAAGCUGGGGCAGGUAGAGAACAUCCAGCUUUGGAGGUGUAGGACAGCUUGGAAAAGCAGCUUCUGUGGAGGACAGUGCCACCUUCAGGAACUGUUUCUGCCACCUGUCCUGUUUCUCUGCCUUUGGAUUACCAACACCUUGUUAAAAGCCUCACUUACCAUUGGAUUACUCAGCUUUCAUUCUUACACACACUGUCUGGCUUCUGUCCAUGUCACACCAUCCAAAGGCCUAGUAAAAGGAAGCAGCCAGAUCUUUUUAAAGUUUCCAGUGGUCUAUCUAUGUAGUGUUUUAAAUUAUAUUGUUAUUUUAAAGGCACACAUGAAUACUUUCUCAGGUAGCUUUCCUGAGAUUACCGCGUAAAAAGCAUCUUCCAUGCUCUCCUAUUAUAAAGUCAUAGCGGUAGCUAGCUCAAGUAUUUUUGCCUUAUUCUGUGUCUUCCUCUGUUGUUUAAGGAAUACACUUACAGAUCACCACUUCUUGAUUUUCCAAUUUGUGAUAAUAUGUGUUGAUGAGUUCUUCCUAUGGCAUAUGAGCAUUUAGCCCUCAGCCUACCCACCCCAUAGCUUUUCCCAGCUUUUGAUGACAUUUACGUUACUAGGUAAAUGUUAGUCUGCAUGAGCCAUGGUGUUCAUGGUUGUAGGUUCAAGUCUCCCCUUUGCUUCACAUGUUUGCCUCAUUUGGCCAUUUUUCAUUGAUACAUCACAAAUUCAUCCUCUAUAUCCAGUGGCACUGUAAACAGUCUCUGUGAAUGAUGUGCUCUUUGACUCUUUUCCCGAAACUUCUUAAAAUGUUCAGGUUAGGUGCCAAGUUUGGUUGGUAGGGCUGCCGUCAUGGAGUAUCAGAUGGACGAUGCAGUGCGCAGGAGUUCUAUUUCUCAUAGUCCGGAUGCUGGGGAAAAUGGAGGAGUCAGCAAGAAUUGUUUCCAUGUGGUCACUGGCUUACUACAUCUCUCCCUCCCUCCCUCCCUCCCCCCACCCUCCCCUCUCUCUCCCCCUCCUUCCCUCCAGCUCAGAUGCUGUGAGGCUGAGAUGCUCUGUAGUUCUCUCCUAAAGAUGUCAGUCAUUAGACCAAGGCUCACCUUGGAGACCUGAUUUUAAUGUUAUUUGCCUCUUUAAAGUCUUGGUCUCCAAAUGCAGUGGUAUUUCAGAUGCUGGAGCUUUAACAUAGGCUCUGAGGAAACAACCGAGUCCAGAGGAAGCACACCGCCGAUUCACUACUCCUGGGACAGCUCCUGAUCAGGGCUCUUUCCUCUUGUCUUGUCUUGGAACCCUCUUUAAGGCUCCUGGUUCCCAGGGUACAACUUUCAUGACUGUAAUUUCCCGUUUGGUCAGUUAUGUCUUCUCAGGGCUGGGUAGGAUGUAAAGGUUUGGGUAGCUGAGCCACAGAAAUGCAUCCGUUUGUCUCUGCUCCUGUACUGCAGUGUCAGGUGGGCACUCCCAGUCCUGCUGUUUGCGACCUCACUGCUGGUUGUUGAAAUCUUUUCUGAUCUAGAAUAUUUUUCUGUGCCCUGUAAAUGUUUCUCUUGAAGUUUUAGAGUCUUCUAUAUCUCAGAUGUCAUCAUUUCUAUCCACAAUGAUACAUAACAAGUAAAUCCUUUCAAUCUGGUAAAUUGCAAGAAAAAAAUUUUGAAUAUUUAUUUAUGCUCAUUGGUGUUCUGUCUGUGUGUAUGUCUGUGAGGUUGUCGAAUCCUCUGGAGCUGGAGUUACAGUUGUGAGCUGCCGUGUGGAUGCUGGGAUUUGAACCCAGGUCCUGGAACAGCAGCCAUUGCUCUUAACCACUAAGCCAUCUUAUUUAAUGCUACUUACUAGCAUUAAUCCCUAAUUCUAAGGCAACUUCUAGUUGGAUGUCAGAUUUCUUUCCUGAGACCUCUGAUUUAAUUAUGUUUUUAUUUUUAUUUAACCUUUUCAUGUAAUUUCUUUUUUUAGUAUUUUUCUGAUACACUGGGCUAGGGGUGCUGCGAUUGAACCUAGGACCUCGUGCAUGCUAGACAUGUACUCUGUUGUUGAGUUAUACCUCCAGUCCCCUUCUGAUCUAUAUAUGAUUUAUAUAAACAUAAUAAAAAUAUAAAAGAUUUUCUGAUAUAUAAAUA